UUGGUCUUUGAGUGCCAAGAGAAGCGGCCAUAUUCGUGUGUUUGAACGGGAGGGGUAUUGUGUUCACAAGAUUGGUGUUGAGAAAGCUCUUCGUAUAAUACGUUGUUAACGCUUGGAUCAGACCGCUAGGCUCGGUGCAGAAAUGUCGGGGAUCGCCAUAGCACGUCUAGCGGAGGAGCGGAAAGCCUGGAGGAAGGAUCACCCAUUUGGCUUUGUAGCUCGACCAGUAAAGAACGCAGAUGGAAGCUUAAAUCUGAUGAGCUGGGAAUGUUCCAUACCUGGGAAGAAAGGGACACCUUGGGAAGGAGGUCAAUAUAAACUAAGAAUGAUCUUCAAGGAUGAUUAUCCUUCUAGCCCCCCAAAGUGCAAAUUUGAACCACCGUUGUUCCAUCCCAAUGUCUAUCCUUCAGGAACAGUUUGCCUUUCACUUCUUGAUGAAGAUAAGGACUGGCGACCUGCGAUAACAAUCAAGCAGAUUUUGUUGGGAAUUCAAGACUUGUUAAAUGAACCGAAUAUAAAGGAUCCUGCUCAGGCAGAAGCAUAUACAAUAUACUGCCAAAAUCGUUUGGAAUAUGAGAAGAGAGUUCGUGCCCAAGCUCGUGCUAUGACCUCACAGGAGUGAGUUGGUUACUUCAGUCAAUGAUUUGCUACAUAUUAAGAAAGACUGAUUUAUUUCCAAUUAAACUGAAAUGCAACUAUUAAAGAACUUGUGCACUCUUAUAUUCCUUUGACUUUUAAAGAACUUCCAUUGGCUGUACCUAAAAUUUAAUUUUUUAUGUAUCUAUAUAUGAAAUAAAUGUGUUGUCUGUAAAAUGCUUGACAAGUAGUUGCCAAUUGGUAUUAAAUCUCUUUUAACAUAAACUUAAGAUGUUACUUAUGUCAGAUCUUAAUAGAACUACUCAAAUAUUUUACCAGUUGUAGAAUGCUUAUCUGAAACACUGCAUACAGUAAUAGUCUUAUUUUUUGACGGACUAGAAUAAAAUGAGUUUUGGUUAUUUUGUGCAAGGAUGUGAAACAAAAAUGUGAAGGAGUUCUAAUCCGCAACUUGUGCAGAUAAAUUGCUGUUAAUUAUUUGAAUUUAUUGUAUUUAUUUUGACUUUCAUGUUGUCAGUAUUAAAGUUCUUAAAUGUGGAAAUGGA